GUACACAGACUGAAUUAAUUUUGAUUUUUUAAUGCCAAUUUUCUCCAUAGAAUCGGCCAUCUGUUUGUGAAAAAGGGAACUUAUUGUACGGUACAUGGAGCCUGACGCAACGCCGCCCAAACAAUAAAUAAAACGUAUAUUUUAAUUAUUAUUAGGACUCCCAGAAAAAAAAUAUCAAUCAACAACAAUGGCAGCGACAAUGCCCAUAAACCCCAAACCAUUCCUCAAUGGUCUUACUGGAAAGCCAGUAAUGGUUAAACUCAAGUGGGGACACGAGUACAAAGGCUACCUAGUCUCUGUUGAUGGAUACAUGAACCUCCAACUAGCCAACACCGAGGAACACGUCGACGGGGUGUGCACAGGGAACCUCGGUGAAGUGUUAAUUCGUUGUAACAAUGUCAUGUACAUAAGAGGGGUCGAGGAGGAGGACGAGGAGGGCGAGAUGAAAGAUUAAAUUACGCUAAUUUGUAUUUAAAUAAUUCAUUUGUAAUAAAAAUAACUCUUAAAUCUA